AUGGCUUUCAACAUUAAUGGAGUAGUUCUGGUGUUCAUGGUUUCUCUCAUGAGUACUAUUUGUGGCCUCUCUUAUGGUGUUGUGUACAAAGUUGGUGACUCUGAGGGCUGGAGUUACACCCCCAGCGUUGAUUACAAGCAGUGGGCCUCCACCAAGAGCUUCCACGUCGGUGACGUUAUCGUUUUCGAAUACGAAAAGGAGUAUCAUAAUGUGUUGGAAGUGAGGCACCAUGAUUUCCGGACCUGCAACAUAGCAUCUCCGGUGGUGACUUACUCCAGCGGCAAUGACUCCAUAACACUAAAAAUGCCAGGUCACUACUUCUACACCUGUGGGUUUCCUGGCCAUUGCCAAGUGGGCCAAAAGGUUGAUUUUAGGGUCCUUCCACAAGUUGGAGGCCAAAGCCCAAUUACUCCUAGCCCACCUCUUUCUGGAUUACAGCCACCACCAUCAUCAGGCCCUCCGAAUAAGUGUGCUGCUUCGUCUACUGUUUAUGCUUCGUCGUUCGGGCCGUGGGCCUUGUCUAAUAGCUUCACUUGUGCCCAUUUCUUGAUGCAUUCAACGCAUGUGGGCCAGCAUAUUUGGACCCAUGGGCUUUUGCCAUUAAAAGAGCCCUUUUCAUUUCCAUCUCCUAUUUGUUUGACAUCCGUUACGAUCUCCAGUCACUCUCUCUCCCCUCGUUCAGGUUUUAUCAUCGUUUUUAACGUACUUUAUCGAGUGCCAAAAGAACUUUUCCCGGGAAACAAUCAGGUACUGGAAGAGGGGGCUGGAGAGAUGAUGGAUCCGUGGACCAUGCAUGUCAAGAGCGCAACAACGAAAACUCCAAGCUCCUUCUGGCUGAGAAAUUCGAUUUGCGCAAAAACAGUUUCGGGGUCGGGGAGUUUGGGAAGACUUGGCGUGUUUGAGAUCGGGGUGUCGAGGCGCAGCUGGCUUUACUCUUCUGGGAGUCAUUCUUUGGUCGUCAAAGCUAUGGCCAAGAAGAAUAAUGGGAAUUCUUCCUCCUCUUCUUCCCCUGGAAAUAGUGAUAGUGGAAGGAAUUCUUCUGAGGGCAAUAAAUCUAAUGACCCUGCGUCCCCCAAGUCCCAUCAUAUAAGUCUGGACUGGAGAGAAUUCAGAGCAAAUUUAUUUGCUCAGGAGAAGGCUGAAAAGGUGGAGCCUAAUGCUUAUGACAAAGGUGGCAUACCAGAGUCUAAACCUAUCGGCCUGAAAUGGGCCCACCCUAUUCCAGUACCUGAGACUGGUUGUGUACUUGUUGCCACAGAAAAGCUUGAUUUAAUUGACACAUUUGAAAGGACUGUUGUUCUCCUCCUCAGGUCCGGGACUAUACAUCCACAAGAGGGGCCAUUUGGAGUUAUCAUCAACAAACCACUUCACAAGAAGAUUAAACACAUGAGCCCCACUAAUAACGAAUUGGCAACCACUUUUGCUGAUUGUUCUGUGCAUUUUGGUGGACCUCUUAAUUCAAGUAUGUUCUUGUUACGAGCACGGGAAAAGUGUAAGCUUCCUGGCAUUGAAGAUGUGAUACCUGGCCUUUGUUUUGGUGCUCGAAACAGUUUGGAUGAAGCUGCAAGAUUGGUGCAGAAGGGGUUGCUAAAGCCUCAGGAUUUCAGAUUUUUUUACGGUUAUGCUGGAUGGCAGCUAGAUCAGUUGAGAGAGGAGAUUGAAUCUGAUUUUUGGCAUGUGGCUGCAUGUAGCUCAAAUUUAAUUUGUGGGGAUUCUUCCGACUCAUCUGAGAAUCUGUGGAAAGAAAUUUUGCAGCUAAUGGGCGGGCAUUAUUCAGAGUUGAGCAGGAAGCCUAAGCAAGAAAUGUAGGUAUUAUCAACCCAAGGGGUUUGUAUGAAUUAUAAAGUCUUUGAAAUUGAAGCAAGUCAUGUAACCAGGAUGUUUAUGAAAGAUAAAUGUACAUAAAAGUACUGACAAAUGUAGUCAGUAGAUCUCCCAGUCUUCCUUUUUUCUUUUUCUUUUUUUGUCCUCUCAGAGUCACGUAUCUUGUUAAUAAUACUCCUUGUAUCUGACUGAAGAAUGUUAUCCUCACUUUAAAUCCUUUUACUCUCCA